CGGCGGCGGCAGAGCCCACCGCCCGGGCCCCUAUGAGUAACUCCCGGAAUAACCGGGUGAUGGUGGAAGGGGUCGGGGCCCGGGUGGUGCGCGGCCCGGACUGGAAGUGGGGGAAGCAGGACGGCGGCGAGGGCCAUGUGGGCACGGUCCGGAGCUUCGAGAGCCCCGAGGAGGUGGUGGUGGUGUGGGACAACGGCACCGCCGCCAACUACCGCUGCUCUGGGGCCUACGACCUGCGCAUCCUGGAUAGCGCGCCCACGGGCAUCAAGCAUGAUGGAACCAUGUGUGAUACCUGCCGCCAGCAACCAAUCAUUGGCAUUCGAUGGAAAUGUGCAGAAUGUACAAAUUAUGAUUUGUGCACUGUUUGUUAUCAUGGAGAUAAACAUCAUUUAAGACAUCGCUUUUAUAGAAUUACUACACCAGGAAGUGAGCGGGUUCUGUUAGAGUCUCGUAGAAAAUCUAAGAAGAUUACAGCCAGAGGGAUCUUUGCAGGUGCCAGAGUGGUACGAGGAGUGGACUGGCAGUGGGAAGAUCAGGAUGGAGGAAAUGGACGUAGGGGAAAGGUAACGGAAAUCCAGGACUGGAGCGCAUCAAGCCCACAUAGUGCGGCAUAUGUUCUCUGGGAUAAUGGUGCUAAGAACCUUUACAGAGUUGGCUUUGAGGGCAUGUCUGAUCUCAAGUGUGUCCAGGAUGCCAAAGGAGGUUCUUUCUACAGAGAUCACUGCCCUGUGCUAGGUGAGCAGAAUGGCAACAGGAAUCCUGGUGGAUUGCAGAUUGGUGACCUGGUGAAUAUAGAUCUUGACCUAGAAAUUGUACAGUCUUUGCAGCACGGUCAUGGAGGAUGGACUGAUGGCAUGUUUGAGACUUUAACUACAACUGGAACUGUUUGUGGCAUUGAUGAAGAUCAUGACAUUGUAGUACAGUAUCCAAGUGGCAAUAGGUGGACCUUCAAUCCUGCCGUUCUCACUAAAGCAAACAUUGUCCGAAGUGGGGAUGCUGCUCAAGGUGCAGAAGGAGGUACCUCACAGUUUCAAGUGGGUGAUCUUGUACAAGUUUGUUAUGAUCUGGAAAGAAUCAAACUUCUACAGAGAGGACAUGGAGAAUGGGCUGAAGCUAUGCUCCCAACUUUAGGUAAAGUUGGCCGAGUACAGCAGAUUUAUUCAGACAGUGAUUUAAAGGUGGAAGUUUGUGGAACAUCUUGGACAUACAAUCCAGCAGCAGUUUCCAAGGUGGCAUCUGCUGGAUCAGCCAUUAGCAAUGCAUCUGGUGAAAGACUCUCCCAACUCUUGAAGAAAUUAUUUGAAACCCAAGAAUCUGGUGACCUCAAUGAAGAAUUAGUUAAGGCUGCUGCCAAUGGAGAUGUUGCUAAAGUGGAAGAUUUGCUAAAAAGACCAGAUGUGGAUGUAAAUGGACAAUGUGCUGGUCACACAGCUAUGCAAGCUGCUAGUCAGAAUGGACAUGUUGACAUUUUGAAGUUACUUUUGAAGCAAAAUGUGGAUGUAGAAGCAGAGGAUAAAGAUGGAGAUCGAGCUGUUCACCAUGCAGCUUUUGGAGAUGAAGGUGCUGUUAUAGAAGUACUGCACCGGGGCAGUGCUGAUUUGAAUGCUCGCAACAAGCGCCGACAGACACCACUUCAUAUUGCUGUUAAUAAGGGCCAUCUUCAGGUUGUGAAGACUUUAUUGGACUUCGGCUGUCAUCCUAGUCUCCAGGAUUCUGAAGGUGAUACCCCUCUUCAUGAUGCAAUAAGUAAGAAACGUGAUGACAUCCUGGCAGUUCUUCUAGAAGCUGGAGCAGAUGUUACCAUUACAAACAAUAAUGGAUUUAAUGCUCUGCACCAUGCAGCACUAAGAGGAAAUCCCAGUGCAAUGCGUGUUUUACUGUCUAAAUUACCAAGACCAUGGAUUGUGGAUGAGAAGAAAGAUGAUGGUUAUACUGCCUUGCAUCUGGCUGCCCUUAACAAUCAUGUAGAAGUGGCUGAACUGUUGGUACAUCAGGGUAAUGCGAACCUCGAUAUCCAGAAUGUGAACCAGCAAACUGCCCUUCACCUUGCUGUUGAACGACAGCACACCCAGAUUGUGAGGCUUUUGGUCCGUGCAGGUGCCAAAUUAGAUAUUCAGGAUAAAGAUGGGGAUACUCCUUUGCACGAAGCUCUGAGGCACCAUACCUUGUCUCAGCUACGUCAGCUCCAAGAUAUGCAGGAUGUGGGGAAGGUUGAUGCUGCAUGGGAGCCAUCCAAAAACACAUUAAUAAUGGGACUUGGUACCCAGGGGGCGGAGAAGAAGAGUGCAGCAUCUAUUGCCUGUUUUUUAGCUGCCAAUGGUGCUGACCUUAGCAUUCGAAAUAAGAAAGGUCAAUCGCCGCUUGAUCUCUGUCCUGAUCCAAGCCUCUGCAAAGCACUGGCAAAGUGUCAUAAGGAAAAAGUCAGUGGUCAGGUGGGUUCUCGAAGUCCUUCCAUGAUUAGUAAUGAUUCUGAAACCUUAGAAGAGUGCAUGGUGUGCUCAGAUAUGAAGAGAGAUACUCUUUUUGGCCCAUGUGGACAUAUUGCUACCUGUUCUUUGUGUUCUCCACGAGUCAAGAAAUGCCUCAUCUGUAAAGAACAAGUUCAGUCAAGGACAAAGAUUGAAGAAUGUGUGGUAUGCUCUGACAAGAAAGCAGCUGUUCUUUUUCAACCUUGUGGACACAUGUGUGCUUGUGAGAACUGUGCUAGCCUGAUGAAGAAGUGUGUGCAGUGCCGAGCAGUAGUUGAACGAAGAGUGCCUUUCAUUAUGUGUUGUGGAGGGAAAAGUUCAGAAGAUGCCACUGAUGACAUCUCAAGUGGAAAUAUUCCUGUGUUACAAAAGGACAAGGAUAAUACCAAUGUCAAUGCAGAUGUGCAAAAGUUGCAACAGCAGUUACAGGACAUUAAGGAGCAGACCAUGUGCCCUGUAUGUUUGGAUCGUCUGAAGAAUAUGAUUUUCCUCUGUGGCCAUGGAACGUGCCAGCUCUGUGGAGACCGAAUGAGUGAAUGUCCUAUUUGUCGCAAGGCUAUUGAGCGAAGGAUUCUUUUGUAUUAAUUAAGAAACUCAGUGUGUUUUGUCAGCUAAAGUAUUUGGUCAUGAGCUCUUAGUGAAGCUGUUAAGCUAGUUGGACAUUCUAAUGAACUAAUUUUUAAUAUCAUAGUUUCUUUCCUAGAGUGUAAUUAGACUGUAAAUGUAUCAGAACAGAAAAAAAAAAAACCUCUAUAGGACAGUGUUUGAAGUUGUGGUUUUUGUUUUUGUUUCUUUUAAUUUGAAACAUCAAAUCCAUAUAAUUCAUAGGUAAUUUACUUGUCACUUCUAAGGGGAAAGUCCUUUAAGAAUGUCCUGUUAUUUUUGUUUUUAUUGCAUUUUUCUUAUAGUUUGUAAAUUUGUUAGACCUCAAGAAAUGUAGCUCCUUAUGAUCAGCUGUCCUUCAGUUUAUUGUGAUUUUACACAGUUGACACAGGUACUCAGAAAAGUCAUGCAUCAAGUGAACAGGGCAAGUCAAACCAUUAUGCCGCAUAUAUUAAACGACAAAAUUAUAAUAUGAGUUUUACAUAGUUAAUAUUGAAGAUAAGAUUAUCUGAAGAGAGGAUUAUCUUUUUAAGAUAAAAAAUUAUGCAAAUGAUUGUUUCUGAAUUCUUAGAGUAAAUGGAAGCAUGGAAUGAGAGAGUAGUGACUGACUUUGCAUUUAGCUUAAUUUAUAGACUUAAAAAGAAAAUUGUUAAACUUGAAUCAAAUUGCCAGUUUCAGAAUGAUUGACAUGAAAAGGAAGAAUAAGCAAGCAGUCACAGUGGGGAACUGAGGUGGGGGAAAGUGGCCAAUGAAAGAGUACCUUUUAACUGACCAUUAACAGUUGCCUUUCCUGUAUUAAUUUUUACACUGUUCUGUUUAGCCAGCCUUUAAAAAAAAAGUCUAUGAAAAGUGUACCUCAGUUUUCCCUGUGGUCACUUAUCCAGGCUUGACCUGACCGGUGAAAUGAUACUGCCCUAUUUGGGCUCUGAGGUUGCAUGUUGCUUUUCUCAUGUACUGAGUAGUACCCCAGUGAUCUGAGAAGGGUAGUGCAUUGUCUCAAGGCAACAAUCUUUUUUUUGUCCCUGUUGAUUCUGACAGUGUUACUGGUUCUACCUACAUCGUAAGCCCUCCUUCCAUUUUCUUUCAGUUGCUAAGACUUGUUAUAAAGAAAACACUCUAUAUCUACAAAUGAGGAUAUUAUUUAAAUUGCCAACAGUAUCCAAGACAUAGUAAGUAACCUAAUAAUAAAUACUUUAGAAAGAGUGACCAGGACAUUUAUAGAAAUAUGUCUGAUUAUCUGCAGUUUUUCCUUUAACUCAAACUUUUGAUUCUAGAGCAUCUAAUAAUUUUCUGCCCUUUGAAUGAGUAAUGUUACUCUGUCUAGGAUGAAUAUACAUAUAAAUAAGUGUUUUGAGGUCAUUGCUGCUAGAUUAUAAAAAUAUCACCUGUUUACAAUGGUGUCUACUAUAUACUGUGUAUAAGCUUACUCGAUAGUUAUCUUGUAGCUUUUUCUUUUCUUUUUUUCUUUUGAUUCCGGUUAUUCCUUCCUUCCUUCCUUCUUGCCUGCCUGCCUUCCCUCCCUCCUUUCUUCUCUUUCUUUCUUUUUCUUUCUUUUUCUUUCAUUUCGGCAACUAAAUUUAAGAAUAUUCCUGGCAAUUUAAUGGCUGCUGCUUUUGCAAGUCCUGGUGAAAACAGUGGUGAGCUUUGCUGGCUGAUUUUGUAGUUUUGGUGAUUCCGUAUCUGUGUUUAGCUAAAUAAUUUAGCAUUUAGAAUAGUAAAAUUUUUAUAAGUUUUGAAUUUGAAAAUUUGUAUGGAUUCAGUUAUCUAAUAAAGGGCCACUGAGGCUAUUUUUUUAAGCCAUAUUUCAAAGUUAUAAAAAGAGCAUCUGACAUGAUGUCACAUAAAGAAACAGACUUAUUUUCUUUCAGAUUUGAAAAUAGCAACAGUCAGGAUUUUUUUCCUUCCAUGCCAUAGGCUGCCCAUCUCUUUUCCACUAGGUCAGCUGGAGAGGAGGGAACACCUGGCUGACUCAUGCACAGUUUGGCCAGCCAGUGAAUUCUGUCCAGAGCUCUACUUACAUCUUUUUUGUCUUUUGAGCUUGCUGUUCUUAAACUUACAUCCCUAAAGGGCAAUUUCAUUUUCCAGACGAGUUUAUUUCUUCUAAAUUAAAAAUACAAUAACAUAAACUAUUACAAAAGUCAUAUAAGGUCACUGUGAUUAUAGUGUUAUGUGUUUGUGCAUUUUCUAUAUUUGUACCACUCUGAAAUUUGUUUAAUGAAUAGAAAAUGUUUCUCUCUUCAUGUUUUCAAGCACCUGAAAAAUUAUUUUAAAUUUGUUUCGUGCUUGUGAGCAAGAAUAAGGUUAAGAACAGAGUUGUUUAAGUGACUAUCUUCUAACUCUGAAAUUGCUACCUCUUAUGUGUCUCUCAGCAGUACUUUCCCAAUUAGGUAUGUUUCCUUCUCAUCAGCUCGUCAUCUUGUGCCUCAGAAGAGCUUUUACUUUUCCUAGAAUCAUUUAAAAAAACACAGCAGACAUUCAUUCAAAAAUGUAUUUAUUGGGCCUCAGGGGCUAGAUAUACAACAUUGAAAAAUGGUCAGCAUUUAGCACACACUGAGUCUAUCAUGCAGCAGUUGUACAUUUGAAGAACUCUGUAGUCAAGAAGGGAUCCAAAGGUACUGGUAACAUUUCUUCCUAAUGUUUCAGAAGAGUUGUCAUAAAGUAGCAUUUGGAUUCCCUCUCUGUAUUCCCUUACUCCUACCACAUUUUCUCCUUUACUCUAAGAUUGUCAGCCUUGUUGCCCAAAACACACACACAACUUACCAGAUGGUGCUAUUCUAGUCAUUUUUGUUCACAUAAUUUAACAUUCUUACUGCUUAUAUUACUAAUGUAUUGAAUUUUUCUGGGAGCAAGAAGGCUUUUCAAGUGAAGAUCACUUUGUAUUAGUGUAGGGUAUGAUAUUAGACAGUGUUUAGCUGACCAAAUCAUGUUUGGACAAAGUGUUUGUAAUUUUAAACAUUGCAAAUUGGCCAGCUAGUUACUGAGACAUAACAUUAAUUGAUAAUAUUGAAAAUAGCAUUCUUAAAUUUGUAUCUUUGAUGGCUUUAGCCUGUAGGAACUAAAUUUUAGCAUGUUGAAAUGCAUGCUGCUUAAGACUAGUCCAACUCAAAUGUAUAAACUUGCUGGGUCAUUUUUACAUAGUAGAAAUACACAAUCUUGUUAUGUGUUGCCCAGUUGCUGUCCUUUGUUUAUUAUGAAUUUUGGACCCUUAGUGAUGGGGUAGGAUAGGAAGACAGUAAGGAGUUGCAAGCAAGCAAGCAAGAAAAGUCAAUAUCUGAGUUUAGAGAAAAAAAGGGGUUUAAGAAAGUCAUGUAGAUUUCAUCAAAGCGGUAAGCAGAGAGAGUAUAUUUGAUUGAACAAUAUAAAAAAGGUCUCUUAAUCAGUUUUUAGUGUCAUUUAAUUUACAAUUGCUUUGUAAACUAUACAGUUUAAUACAUCUGGCUUUAAAAAAAGGCCAAAGGAAAAGCGCCUAUCCUCUCAGAGUGUCUAAAAUGUUAUAGUAAUAAUUUGUGUAAAAAUUGAAUAUUUGGAAUAGAAUUUUUUUUACAUUUUUUAAAAUUGUGGUAAAAACACAUAACAUGAAAUUUACCGUCUGCACCAUCUUUUAAGUGUACAGGUCAGUAGUGUUAACUAUAUUCACAUUGUUGUUAAACGGCUAUCUGGGAGAACUUUCUCACUUGCAGGAUUGAAACUCUAUACCCAUUGAACAAUAAUUCCCUUUUCUCUUCACCACCCCCCCCCCAGUGGAAUAGCAUUAUGGUUAAAUAGAAAUCAAGGAACAACCUUAAUUAUCUUAAUUGUUUGUGUUUGCAAGAUUUAAAGUCACGGUUAAUACUAAGUUCCUUAAAAUUUGAGGGAUGACAGAAUUUCUUCCCUUCCUCCCAACUGUUAUAAAUCAUAAUUGAGUUGAUUUUAAAUGUCUGUUAAUUGGAAGGGUUUGUUACUUCAUUUGGAGCUGGAGGGGAGAAACACAUUUGAAACAUUAGAAUUAGGUUAGCUCUGGAUUUGGGAAGGUAAUAGAUUUUUCACAGACUAUGUGUGCCUUGUCGAAAAUGUCAGUUGUCUUUAAGUCUCCUUGUAACGGUCUCAAAAUUUUUUUUUUCUCUCAAAAACUCAACCUAAUUUUAUUUGCUUGAAUAUUAAUGAUAGGAAUGCAUACUGAUACUACUUGAUAAUCAUAUCAUAGCCUUGGAACUUUAACAUAUAUAUAUAUAUAUAUCUAUAGCAGUAUUAAUAAUCAUAGUUGUACUUCUUUAAAACAUUAAAUUUGAGGAAAAACUAUUUAAUGAUGUCUCAUUUGUACAUUGCUUUGCUACAAUGAGGGGAAAGCCUUUAGAUUGAGACUCAGUGUACUGGUAAAUGGUUAGUAGUGGAUGAAACUAGAACAUAAAAAUAUGAACGAGUUAGGGGAGCUGAUGAAUUAAAAUUGUAAGUUGCUACAUCAGCAUUUUCUACCUCCUUUUCUGUCAGAGUAUUGCUUUUCCAGCUCUUAUUCUUAUUUGUGACUAAGGCGGAGAGGGGAACCCGAGGUUCAAAUUGAGAUUCUUAUUUUGAGGAUUGAAGCAAGUAGGUACAGGAAGGGUGACCGGCCACGUCACUUUGGUGCGUAAAAUCCAUAAUUACAGGUUGUAAUUGACGUGUACAAAAUGUGUGAGAAAGAUAAUAUUACUGGCUGUUUUACUUCUCCUGUGUGGUCUACAUGACUUUGUUUCAUAAACAUGACUUCUUUCCUACACAAUGCAAAAUGGUCUUGUAAUUUUCUAUAAAAGAAACAAAUAUGCCAUUUUGUCUGAAAUCUAUAAUUUCAGGAAGCUAUUGAAAGUUCUGACUCAGGGCUUUGUAACAAGUUUAAGCAAUUGUUAAUUAUAUUUUGGAAAAUCCAUCUACAUAAUUCUUCAGUGCCUUGAAAGAAUUAUUAACUUGGCAACACUACUAAAACUUUAUAGAAGGCUGUCUUUAGCGUGCGUGUAUCAUCACACACAUUUAUACGGCGUAUUGCUUAGCUUGUGUGAUAGCAAUACUGCAUGUGUGCUGGCUUUGGGUAAUUCUUUAAAGGGAGUUUUCUAGAUUUGCACUUGAUAUUUGUUUUUUAAAAAACUGAUUAUUUAUGGCCAUGACACUGUUACCAGAAAAAUAAUUCUGUAAGUCAUUAUGCAAAGUCAUGUAUAAGUAGCAUCUGGGAAGAAGAGCAAGGGUUCAUACAGUUUGCUGUUUUAAAAUGAAAAGAGGAUCUGUUUGGUAAACACAGAUUGUCUUCCCCUCAAAUGAAAAAAAGAACUUUUGUUCACGUGAUUCGGUUUAAAAAAAAAACUUUUUUAAGGGAAAUAAUGGAUUGCAUGUUCUUCUUAAUGCUAGUCUUAUUUAGCCUGAAUCCACAAAGUUGUUUUUCUGUUAAUUUCAGUAUGCUUGUCAUUCUAAAUACCAUAUAUUCAGUGUGAUAGAAAGCAAUUUAAUCGACGCGUAGCAGUGUUUUUGCUUUGUGUUUUUCCCAGUGUUUUUUAGCUCCCACUUGAUUAAAGUCUUGCUCGUGAAUAGAGUUUCUGUAUGGCAAAUGAUUCUUGCUUAUUAUUAGCUUUUGUUAAAAAAAAAUGCUUAGCAAGAACUAAGCUUUUAAAAAUUAAUGCAAACAUUUACCAUUAAUAAAACUUAUGAUGUAAUAUCAUUCUAUAAUGCUUUUCUCUGAUCUUUUGAAGUAUUCUUUAUAGAAGUAUAUAUGAAUUUUAAUUUUUAAGGUAUUUGAAGACCUAUCUCAAUAUCAAAUCUGUUAUUGGAAAGGAAAUUAUCAUGUCUUUGAGAAACAAGGACAUACAUCUCCAACUCAAUAUAAGACAUAGGUGCCCACAUCUGGAAGGCUCUCAUUGCAGUUGUUUACAUUUAAGGUACCUCUAUCUACAGGGCCAAAGAAGCUUUUCAUAUUUUAACACCUCACACUCUUUCAGGAUAUUGUGAAAGUAGUCUGAAUAGGAUAAAUUUGAUAGAAAAUAAGUCAGCCAGUCAGGAAGACUCAACUUUUUCUAUACAGAGUUUAUUCCUUUUCAAAAUUCAGAUGUAGAUUUCAUGUUCUAAAGAUAUACAUUUUAAAGCAAUGAUUUAUUUGGCUUUCUUAGUGUUUUGUGACUAAAUCAGUAAUUUGAAUGGUUUGGAGUUAUUUUAUUUUUCAAGUUAAUAGAAGCAGUUAUUUGUCAUUGAGAGGUUGUCUGGUUCUAGUUCAAAAAUUCAGUAUGUGUAUCUGGAAUGUUCAAGAGGAAAACCAUCUGAAACAAAAUCUUUUAACUGUUUAUUUGAAAAAAAAAUCUGUAUUCCAACUCUAAAAUUGUGAAUUUAUUUUUGGAUAACCUCUAACUGUAUUUCUGUUGCUGUAUAAUUAGAUAUUUCAUGGCAAUAUUUUUUAUUAAAUUGAAACUGUAUAGGUUUUUAAAAUAAAGACAUUUUAGAAAAUCUGA